AUGGCCGAGGCACUCAUUGACCUGGUUCUGGAACAACUGGUUACAGUUGCUUUUGACCGCACAAAAGAAGCUGUGACUCUGAUUUUGAAUGCUGAGACAGAGGUCGAAAAAUUCAGCAGCAAUCUAAAAGCAAUUCAAGCUGUGCUCGAGGAUGCUGAGAAGCAGCAAGUGGAGAAGGCUAGCGUGAGAAACUGGUUGGAUGGGCUGAAUGAUGUCUCGUACGAGAUGGUUGACGUGCUAGAUGAGUGGAACACUGAAAUUCUGAAACAAGAGGCAAAUGGAGUUGCUAUUGAGAAAAAGAAAACCUCCAAGAAGAAAGAAAAGUUUGAGUUCCAUCAAUCAUCAACUCGUAGGAAUGAUGAACAACUUAAGCAACAGCUGAAAACUUCAUCAUUUGUCGAUAUUUCUAAAAUAUUUGGCAGAGAAGAAGCAAAAGCUGAUUUGUUAAGCAAGUUGUUGAGUGAUACUAGUGAAGAAGGAAAAAGGGUCCUUGUCAUACCUAUAGUGGGUAUGGGAGGGAUGGGCAAAACAACUCUUGCCCAAUUAGCCUACAACAAUGAAGAUGUAAAAACCUAUUUUGAAAAAAGGAUAUGGGUUUGUGUCUCAGAUCCUUUUGAUGGGGUGAAGAUUGCCAAAGCCAUUAUUAGUGGUACUGGUAACGACGCCCCAAAUUCAAAUGAGUUGCAAGAUGUCUUGCAAUGUAUGUCUAGAUGUAUUGAGGAGAAAAGGUGCUUGAUUUUUCUAGAUGAUGUGUGGACCGAAGACCAAAGAGAGUGGGAAAGUUUAAACUUACCAAUAAUAAUGGAAACUUGUGCUAAAGGUAGUAAAAUAGUGCUCACCACACGAAAAGAGAAAGUUGCUGAGAUAAUGGGACCAACCACUCAAAUGAUCCAUUUGGAGAAGUUGAGUGAUGAAAAUUGUUUGGCAUUGUUCAAUAGCAUUGCAUAUUUGGGGAGGGAAUAAGAUAAGGCUAAUGGAUUAGGAGAUAUAGGUGAGAAAAUAGCAAAUAAGUGUAACGGCUUGCCACUUGCUGCAAGGACUUUAGCUGCUCUCAUGCGGUAUAAGAAGGAAAAAGGAGAUUGGCAGGAGGUCUUGGAUAGUAAGAUAUGGGUUCUAAAAGAGGUUGAGCAACAAGUUUUUCAACCACUUUUAUUAAGUUAUUAUGAGUUGGCUCCUAUAGUUAAGCGCUGCCUUCUAUAUUGUGCUACAUUUCCAAAAGAUUAUCGGUUCAAGAAACACAAUUUGAUUGAGUUAUGGAUGUCACAUGCUUAUCUUAGUGGGAAAGACUAUGGAGAAAAGGAAAAAACAGGUCGAAAUGUUUUCGAUACCUUAGUAAUGCGAUCAUUUUUCCAGGAUGUUGCGAAAGAAAUAGAUGAUGAUGACAAGAGCAUUACUAUAUUUUGCAAAAUGCAUGAUAUUGUGCAUGAUUUUGUGCAAUUCCUCAAUAAGAAUGAAAGCUUCACAAUGGAGGCUAAAGAAGUAAACGGAAGAAAAACGAUAACAAAUGAGGAGAUCCGUCAUUUGACGUUAAUGUUUGCAGCCUAUGGUUCUCCACUUUCGGAUUUUAUUUCACCGGUCAAUUGGAAAAAGUUACGUACACUUGCCACUUUUGAUUCAAGAAUGAGUAGCAUGGAUAUAAAAGCAAUCUCACAACUCAAAUGUGUGAGGACCUUAAAUUUGAGCUGCAACGUCAUUGAAGAACUUCCAGAAGAGAUGGGUGAAUUGAUACAUUUGAGGUCGCUUAGAGCACUGCCUGAAAAUAUGGGGAACUUGAUUAAUUUAAGACAUCUUCAUACCAAGCGUUGUUAUCGGCUGGUCUAUUUGCCGAGAGUGGCCCCGGUGAAGGCUUGA